AAUUGUGGACAGAAUCGUCGAGAGAAAUUGGGCGGAAAAAAUAGAAAAAGGCGGCCGGGAAUUGUCACGGCCUGACGGAGAUGGCAGACGAGGAGAAAGUGAAGAACGAGGCGUCGGAGAUUCUAGGGCAAUACCAGAACCUGCCUCGUCUGGUCGUCUUCGAUCUCGAUUAUACUCUCUGGCCUUUUUAUUGUGAAUGUUGCUACGAGGAUGAAAUGCCAUAUCUGUAUCAGCAUGCAAAAGGCAUAUUACAUGCACUAAAGGAAAAAGGAAUUGAUGUGGCUGUUGCUUCUAGGUCACCAACGCCUGAUAUUGCCCAAACAUUUCUCAAUAGAUUGGGAAUCAAUUCCUUGUUUGUUGCGCAGGAGAUUUUCCCCAGCAGGACUCACAAAACCGAGCAUUUCCAGAGAAUUCAUAGAAAGGCUGGAGUACCAUUUAGUUCAAUGCUUUUCUUUGAUGAUGAGGACAGGAACACUGAAGCGGUGUCAAAAAUGGGAGUCACAAGUAUUUUGGUUGACAAUGGAGUAAACCUUGGAGCAUUGAGGCAAGGACUAUCUGAAUUCUCUCAAAAAACUGCUUCAUCUAGCAGGAGCAAGCAGAAGUGAAAAAUUACUUUUGUUGGACAUAUAUCUGACUAAGUAUUUCAAUCAGGUUGAAUGCUGCUGAGAUUAAGUAUUUCAUAAAUUAGUCAGUUUAUUGCACAGACCUGUGCCUUAGAUGCAGCUGGAUUAACAGGGGAUACUUUUCAAUCAUUCUUGGACAUCCUUGUCAAUUGUCAUUUAGGAUUCCAGAAACCUAUUGAAUCUAUUGAAGAAUAUUGAAUCUGAAGAGUAUUGAUCAUGUACUUUAAUCUUUGUGUAUUGAAGAACAUUGAAUCUGUUGGAAAUACCCAAUCAUGUACUUCCCUCCAAAUUAUGUAAAUCUCAAAUAAAACAUAUGCAAGAUA